CGUCUGCUAAAUGACGUAAAUGUAAAAAAAUGUAAUUAUAAUUAAGGGGUCUAUAAGAUUGUUUUUAAAUGCAAUGACAAAUAGUAUUUUAGCAUGGUCAACAUAGACAUUUAUAGAUGACACAUUAGAAAUGGUCAAUGAGGAAGUUCUACCACAUGACUUUCACAAAUAAAUAUGAAGCAGGAAAACAGACCCCACUGAAAUCAAUUGACGCGCCUUGCUCUCCUCUGAAGUCAUCGUCAGGUGCAACCGACUUUAACAAGGCAUGAUGUUGUGGAGCCUGCUGCUCGCUGUGCUAUGUGGCACAGCAGUUGCCCUGUUUGACCCAAUGCUGGAACAGCACUGGCAGAUGUGGAAGAAGACACAUGGCAAGAACUACCAGACUGAGGUUGAGGAGCUGGGCCGAAGGGAGGUCUGGGAGAGGAAUCUUCAGCUGAUCAGCCUCCACAACCUUGAGGCGUCCAUGGACAUGCACACCUAUGACCUGGGCAUGAAUCACAUGGGGGACAUGACCCAGGAGGAGAUUGCCCAGUCUUUUGCCUCAUUGCUUGUUCCUGCUGACCUCAAGAGGGAGCCCUCUGCAUUUGCAGGAUCCUCCGGUGCCCCCAUACCUGAUACCUUUGACUGGAGAGAGAAGGGCUACGUCACUGGAGUCAAAAUGCAGGGCUCCUGUGGCUCCUGCUGGGCAUUCAGCUCUGUCGGGGCCCUGGAGGGCCAGCUGAUGAAGACCACAGGUAAACUGAUAGACCUCAGCCCCCAGAACCUGGUGGACUGCUCCUCCAAAUACGGCAAUAAGGGCUGCCACGGUGGCUUCAUGACCAAGGCCUUCCAGUAUGUCAUCGACAACCAGGGCAUUGCCUCUGAUCAAUCCUACCCCUACAAGGGAGUGCAACAACAGUGUAUCUACAACCCUGCUCAGCGUGCUGCAAACUGUUCCAGGUACAGCUUUCUGCCUGAGGGGGAUGAGGGGGUUCUGAAAGAAGCACUGGCCACCAUCGGACCUAUCUCUGUCGGCAUUGAUGCCACCCGACCUAGUUUUGCAUUCUACCGCAGCGGAGUUUACAAUGAUCCAACUUGCACAAAGAAGACAAACCAUGCUGUCCUUGCUGUGGGAUACGGUACCCUGGGCGGGCAGGAUUACUGGCUGGUGAAGAACAGCUGGGGCUUAUCGUGGGGAGACCAGGGAUAUAUACGGAUGUCACGCAACAAGGACAACCAGUGUGGCAUCGCCUUGUACGGUUGCUACCCUGUCAUGUAACUCCUGCCAAUCAAAGUGGCCUAACUGGAAAAACUGAGCUCUUUUAUUAUUUGAAUGUAACUCCAUUGUUUUAGUCUUGUUUUUACCAUUUCACUUUCUGUCACUUUCUGUCUAUAUAGACAGUACCACUUUAAAAGUGUUUUUAGAAAUCAUGUAUAAGGCAAAUGUGAUUAUCUACAUUAUCACUGUAUCUAGCGUCCUGUCCAGGGGGUGUACUUGUACAUCAAGUUGCCUCACGCUACAGAAACAGGAACUAGGCUCUUGCUCCUAUGAGCCGUUCUAGCUCGCACAUGCCAAGGCUCGUGCAACUUACUUGCUUAAAUUAAAGUAUAUUUUGUCAUCAAAUAAAAAUCACUUUUAAAGAA